AUGGAUCCUUUCCACGAGGAGAGCGAUGAUUACGUCUUCUCCGAGAUUUUCGACUUCGGGGAUAUUCCGACUACACUCCGACUAUGGCUCCAGUCCCAGGAUGGCCUUAAGGUCCACGGUGUGCCAAUAACAAACCGAGAGACACUGGAAUUGGCAUUUUCUCUUCUUGACAAAGGCCGUAUAUCGAACCUCAAUCAAUUUUCGACUGCAUAUCUCGCCCGCAUGAUCGGAAUCAUGUACAUCCAGAAGCUUACCCGAGCCCACAAAUCAGGAUUCAAACAGAUCAAAGCGAUCCCAGGAGAGCCUGGCAAAGUAAUUCAUCUAAAAUGCAAGGGUUGCCAGAGGCCCGUUCUGGACGACGCUUUCCCUUUCUUUGUUGCAGAAUUGCCAGAUUGCUAUCUGAUUGAAGUUGUUCGAAGUGCUCAAAAAGGUGGCAAUGGCUGUGGGCAGAAUGGCUGCAAAGGAAAGCCAGGUCUCAUUCCUGUUAACCACAUGGCGCAGGACCACACCCGUAUGGAAACGAGAGCCAUUGCCCAGACUACGCGCCGUAAGGCAAAUUGGAAGGCACCCCUAUGCCGCACGGGAAAGGACUUGGAGGGUUGUGCCGAGACUGUUCGUGUGCGCUGCAGAGGUCAAGGUCAAAGUCACCAAAAAAUAGAAUGCGGGCGUGAAAGAGACUACGACACACCGGAGUGGACGAUUCACUCACCCGCUCGCCUCGUUCAACCUCGGCUCAAAUGUGAUUGUGAUGGAAGGGGAAAAGAUCACUACUUCGAGCCCGUGGACAAGAACAUUGGCAUGGUUUCCUUAACCAGCUUACGGAAAAUCUACCAGGGCUUUUUGGAUGCACGCUGCGACUUGGCUGGUUACCCUAAGCUCCCUGGCAUAAUCUUCGACCUCGAGCCAAACGGAGACCCCAAGAAAAAGCCCAGGACGUACCGAGAAAGGUUUGAAUAUCUGAAACAUGCCAAAAUUUCUUUGGCCGGGUCGAAUUAA